GUUUUGUGCCAGUAAAUGACGAACAUUAUAGUGCAUAUGUACUUUGAGCUGCGUUUUAAGGCUGCAGCUACAAUUGGUUGCAUAGGCAACACCAGCAUCAUUCUUGCCACCUGGUCACAUUGCUCAAUUGCAUACUUAAUGACGUCUGUCGCAUUGCUGUGCCGAAGUAAUUGUUGUUUAUUAAGUGCGCUAAAUGCAUGGCGCAAAGUUACAAUUGGAACAGGAGCAAUAACGCACAGACAUUACAGCAACAGCAUCAACAGCAGCAGCAGGAGCAGGAGCAGAUCUUCCGCCUGGCCACAGCGACAACUCGUCAAGCACGUUGCGCGCGCUUAUCAGUCUUCAAAGAGCAUGGACUCACCGCCGGAUGUCUUUCGUGGCGUGACGGAUCGUUUUCUGGGCGUUACGGUCGACUGCAAGGAUCUGAAAAUUGCUAACAAAUCGCAAUUCUGCGAAAAGCUGCACAAAUCUUUGGACUUUUGGCGUGCAAACAAGAAUCGUGCGAUUUGGUUUCGCGUCUACAAGGAGCAAGCCGAAUGGGUGCCCAUUUUGGCUGGGGCUGGCUUCGAUUUUCAUCAUGCGCGCACAGGUGUGGUCACCAUGUACCGUUGGCUGCCCACGCACGAGCAGAGCAAUCUGCCCAGCUAUGCGCACACGCUGCUCGGCGUCGGCGGCCUGGUGAUAAACGAUCAGAAUGAGGUGCUGGUUGUUUCCGACAAAUAUGCGAUAGCGAAGAACAUGUGGAAGUUGCCCGGCGGCUAUGUGGAGCCGCGCGAGAAUCUAGUCGAUUCGGCGGUACGUGAGGUGGUCGAGGAGACGGGCAUACGGACAACAUUCCGUUCAAUGGUCUGCCUGCGACACUCGCAUGGCGGCAAUUUCGACUGUUCCGAUAUUUAUGUGGUGAUCGGUCUGAAGCCGCUCAAUCUGGACCUGAAGCGUUGCGAACGCGAAAUCGCGCGCGUUUGCUGGAUGCCAAUGGAUGAGUAUAUGCGUAAUCCGCAGGUGCUCGAGGCGAGUCGCCUGUUUGUGCGCACCUAUCUGGACUAUCAGAAACGCGGACUGGACUUUACGUGCACCAAUAUGACGCAUCAGGUGCUUAAGAAGGAGUACCAGCUGUAUUACGUUGAUCAGGCGAAAGAUGACAAGGAAGUGCCAACAAAAUAGUGCAAUUGUGUGUAACU